GAAAAAAUGCUCAGGGGAACUUUGAUGCAAUAUGUGUUUCGAAAUCAAGAUUUUAUCAAUAUUAGAAGAAAGUUUAGCACAUCCUCGAAAUUAAUCAUUUUAACUGAUAAUGAUAAAACUGAUGUGAUAUUAAACAUGUUUUGUGACCAAAUAUUACAAUCAAGUCUUCCUAUAAUGUUUCAUAUAAAUAAUCCAUUUUAUCAUUCUAUUAGCCCAUCACAGAAUAGUUAUGUAAAUGUAUUAAGUGAUUAUUUGGGAAUACCUAAUUUAUCAUGGGAUCCUGAUAUUACACUAGCUUCACAGGUAGAAGAUGGUCGUAGAUUACUAUUAUCACCUAGCUUAUAUCUACAAGUUAAAGCUAUGUUUAGUAUAUUAGAUCAUUAUAACUGGACUGAUAUAUCAUUAGUAACAACUAAAUAUACAGGAUUUGAAGAUUUUUUAGCAGCAGUUCAUCAGUUAGUCCGGAAUUCAAAAAAAGCUCCAAAUGGAAAACCCAGAUAUAAGAUUAUAGAAGAACUAGAGCUACACAAUAUGACAAAGCCAGGUCUACGAUAUUCAUUGGCUUCUUUACAACAAACUGAUGCACGUAUUAUUUUAUUUCAUGGUAAAAGCGUAGAAACAUCUGAAGUAUUGGAAAUUGCUGGUGAAGUUGGUUUAACGGAGCGAGAGUAUUUAUGGAUAUUGACUCUAGAUUCUAUACCCAAAAAUAAACUGAUGAUAGCUCCUAAAGGUUAUCCCCUGGGUUUAUUAGGUUUAUAUUAUGAGAACGGUUAUGAUAAACCAGCAAUGGAUGAUGUGAUUAAGAUGACAGUGGAUAUUUGGGCGACAGCUUUAAACAAUAUGGCGAUCGAUAUGAUAGCUGGUAAAGUGAAACCAGCACCAAUAAAUCAAGGUUGUAAUUCAACUGGUAGUAUGUUCUGGAAAGGUGGUGAAAGCAUAUUUAGAUAUUUAAAGAACGUUACCACAACAUCACCAUGGGCAGUAGAGUUUGAUGAGAAGGGUGUACUUCAACAAUCUGCUUUUAAAAUUAUCAAUCUUCAAAAACAAAAAGAUUACGCUAAUCAUAAAUGGAUUGAGGUUGGUUCCUGGAACAGAACAUCUGGUUUAAAAAUGAGGAAGAUAACUUGGAUGGGGGGAUCGCUGUCUGCUCCAUUAGGUAAACCAGCUCGGAGAUUUGUUAGAGUCGCAACACUGAAAGAGGAACCGUAUGUUAUGUAUGAAGAAAUGCCAGCUGAAGGUUGUAGUAGUCAUGCUGUUUUAUGUAGAAUAUAUCCAAGAGGUGAAGGAAAACGCAGAUUACAGGAAACUACCGUGGAUGCAUGUUGUACAGGAUUAUCUAUAGAUCUACUAGUUAGAUUAAGUCAAGAUCUAAAUUUUGAUUUUGAUUUGUUUGAAGUUAAGGAUGGCGAAUGGGGAGCAGAAAAUAAUGGCGAAUGGAAUGGCUUAGUUCGAGUAUUAAUGGAUAACAAGGCUGACAUGGUGGUUACAUCCUUUAAGAUUUCACCCGAUAGAAAUACACAAGUAGAUUUUUCAUUACCUUAUUUAGAGACUGGAAUAACAAUUAUAGUAUCUAUCAGAGAAGGUGCUAUUUCACCUAAAGCUUUUCUUGAGCCGUAUGAUUAUCCAUCAUGGGGAUUAAUCCUAGUAUUUAGUGUACAUGCUACUGGUAUAUCUAUAUUUGUGUUUGAAUGGUUGAGUCCUAAUGGUUUAGAUAGAGGAAGAGUUUCUGAACGAGAACAUAAAUUCUCUUUAUUUCGAUCUUUCUGGUUAAUAUGGGCGAUGUUGCUAAGUGCCGCAGUGUCGACAGAUACUCCCAGAAGUGUUUCCAGUCGGUUUCUAGCUAAUAUGUGGGCUUUAUUUGCUUUAGUCUUCCUUGCCAGUUAUACUGCCAACCUUGCCGCCUUUAUGAUUACAAAAGAAGAGUUUUAUGAUCUGUCUGGUAUUAGAGAUUGGAGGUUACAAAACCCUCAGUCCAUGAAACCGCCGUUUAAAUUUGGUACCAUUCCUUCGGGCAGUACAGAGAGUAAUAUUAAGAAGAACGAUCCCGAGAUGUGGAGAUAUAUGAGAAAAUAUAAUCAAACAUCAGUACCUAAUGCUAUCAUGGCCGUUAAAAGUCAAAAAAUUCACGCCUUUAUCUAUGACGCCACAGUGCUUGAGUACGAAGCUGGGAGAGACGAAGGUUGUCGUCUGCGAACCGUUGGUAACUGGUACGCCAUGACGGGAUACGGAAUUGGUUUCCCUCGAGGAUCAAAAUGGUUAACAAAAGUCAACGAAAUUAUUUUACAGUUAAAUGAUGAAGGUGAAACAGAGCGAUUGAAAAAGUUUUGGUUAAAGGGUGCCUGUAGAACCAAACAGAAACAUGGUGUUACAAAGCGAAGUUUCGGCAAAGCUGUUUCAAGCCAUACAUUAGGAAUUUUAAAUUUUACUAGUGCUUUCAUUCUAUUGGCUUGUGGUAUAGCUCUUGGUGCCCUUUUACAUUUUCUAGAACAUCUGUAUUAUCGUUGUGGUCGACAGAGAUUGAAAGAAUUAGAUAAGAAAGGGUGCUGUUCUCUUGUUAGUUAUGGCAUGGGCAACUCCUUGUCUAGAACAAAUACUGUUAGUGACGUCAUACAUUUUCACAGAAAACAUCGGUGUAAAAACAGAUUUUGUGAGGUACAGUUCUGGAAAGCUCAACACCAGUUAGAUGUAGCUUUACUAAAAAUAGAAAGAUUACAAAAAACAUUGAAGCGAUUAAAUGUAGAAAAAGAUAGAGAAGCCGUGUGGAAAUAUGACCCACAUGUGAGAAGACAUCCCAAUGGCUGUAUAAGUGAAAAAAGGGACGUUGAUGACACCGAUCAAAAUGAACAUUUAAGUAUUCAAGAUUCAGAGUUAAUUGGUGAUCAGCCAUUAUUAAAAUGUAAUAUAGAGCGAGAAAGUUCUUUCUGAUAGCAUCUUCCAUGUCUCCAUCUUUUAUUUAUUGUCGUCAUAUAAAUUUAUUUCAUACAGUAAGUAAUGAUAAUCCGAUUACGUAAAGUAAAGGCGACAUCUUUACAGCUCGUGGUUUAAAGUAACAACUUUUCUUCAUUCUACAAGAACUGGAUACAUCAUUAUGUGCGUGCAACUAUUAUGUGGUAUUAUUUUUGUGAGGUUUAAUAGGCCUCGAAACAAUUUCUGAAAUCUUGUGCGGUGUGUUAUUCAAAACAUAUAGCUGUUGUUUCUCAAUGUUUAAAGGGAGUGAACUUUGUUUUCUUUUUGCGUACUAAUAUACGUUUUAGAUAUUUGAUGUUAUUGUUAAUUACGGUUAUGUCUUCCGGGAGACUGAGAUUUUAGGAGUGAAGAGAGACAGUUUUCUUACGUUAUUUAUAUACAGCGUCCGUCCAUCGGACUCGGUAUUAUAAUAUGGAGGCUGAUUUCAGAUCGAUCUGUAUCACUUGUGUGCAGAACAACAUCUAUGAUAAGUUUGUGUUGGGAAGACCUGACAGGAAACCUCACCUUUCCUGUAUGGAAAAUUUAUUUUAUUUUUGGGUGAGAAUGAAUUCAACCAAUCAUAUAGGCUUAAACCAGACUUUAAACAGAACUGGCAACUAAUGGGGAAGUAGUUACAUCAGGGUCCUGUUUCACGAAAUUUUAACUAAAGAUAAAAUCCAAAUUUUAGUAGAUACUUCAAUUUUGAUUGGCUAAGCACUACAAUCAGUCUAAUAUUAUCCAAUCAAAUUACUAAAAUUUGGAUUUUAUCUUAGUUAAAAUUUCGUGAAACAGACCCCUAUAUUAUAAAGUUGACCAAAAUACAAUGGGAAACGAAAUAACAAUUGCAUUUAAUGACAUUUUUGGUCGUUCAUGAAUGGCGGAGUUCCUGUAUAUUUGUGUACCUCUGGGUGAUGUUAAGCCCGGGUGUUAAAAUGCAUUAUUCGCCCAUGCAUCUCUGUCUUAAAGCCUUAAAUGUUAUAUAAAUUAUUAAUUAGACAUUUAUUAACAUGACAAGACCAUAAUCAACUCUCUAGUCCAUCGGUUGGCCCCGAUUCUACGUAGAUUAUAACGGUUCUGCCAUUUAAUUUAAAAAUAGAGAAGCGAGGCUAAGUCUCGAAUACACCAGUACCGUGGUUACGAUAAUAAAAAAUCAAUGCACCCAUAUUGUCAAAACUACAAACAGUGAUAACGGGGCUCAGAAUAAGGUAAUUUUAAUGAAAUUUUUAAAAUAUUCAUUUGUAAUUAUCUAUUUUCGACCUGUUAUAAAAAGAACGGUCAGCUCUUUGUCUAAAUCUUACAUAAUGCCACUUUAAUUGUUAUGUACAGUCAAAGCCCAGCUUAGACAUGGGCCCGAGGGCCCCGUGGUUUAGGUGGACCCCGCGGUUCAUGGGAAAAACAGAGAAAAAAUUCAAAUACCAGAUGAAAGUUUCACGGUAAUCGAUCUAGCGGCGCGAGGGCGGAGACUGAGCUAUCCCUCAACCUUCUCUGUGAAGUUCCAGUAGGUCAUCGGUCUAGGCUUCGAGCGGCGCGAUGGGCGGAGACUGGGUGUGAGUCUGCAAUCCCCCAACCUUCUCUGUGGUCGAAACCCGUGACGUAGGUCGCAUUCAUAACUGAAUGGAUUUCGUAUGUGAUCAGAUAUUAUGUAAUUAUUCUUGUAUUACGGGCCGUUUAAUUGUGUGUUACGCAUGCGUGCCAUUCAAAAGGCUAUGAAAUAAUCUUUUGUCAGACAUAUUGAUGACGAUGGUGUCAUACGGUCGAAUUUUGUCCUGUAAAUAUCUUUUUCCCCCCUUUGCAUUCAUUUUACAAUAACAUACAUAUAUAUUCUGGAUUUAACUCAAUAUCAUCCACAGUCUUCGAAAUUAAAAACACGACUUAUUGGUCAAUUUAAAUCAACAUUGAUGUUAUGUUACCGUGAAAAAUUGGGCUUCUGAUAUCCAAUAUUUAAGACAAAAUGGAAAUUUUAAAAUUGACACACGAUUCGUGUGCCAGAAUGUUUUCGAGUGCCAUUUGUAAUGAAGCAACUCGAUGAACGAGGCUAAACAUACCCCACAUGAGGAUAUACUAUCCCGAUGUAGGCUGAAAUAAUCAGACGCCUAAGACAGUCAUUCAGUUUGGAUUCUUUGCCGAACAUAACUCAUUAGAAAUUAUAGUAAAAACAAAAACAACUGAAUGUAAAUCAGUUUAUAUACAUUCAUAUUACAUUAGUUUAUGCGUUGCGACCCUUUUGUGUCUAUUUCUAGGUGCCGAAGAAUAGGGAUUUAGCUCCUUUAACUCAAGCUCUAAGUUCGAACAUCGUUCUAGGGGAAAUAACUCCGUCGGCAUUAAAUAACAACAUUCUGUGGGGCGUAAUGAUUAAAAAAUAGUGUACAUUCCUUAAAUAUGCUGAUUUUGUUUUAUA